AUACAAAAAUAUUCUUUUCCUUUUCCUUAUUUUGUGGACUUAUAAGUCUCCUAUAAAUAUUUUGUCUUUCUUGCAAACAUGAUUAUUCCUUCGAUACUUUUAUAUCUCAACACCUAUGUUGUCUUCUCAUCUCUGUUCUUGCCUAAUUCUUUCUUGUCUUUUCACCUUCUGAUCAUGAAAUCGCAAACCAAAUUUGCCGAAGUAAAGAAUGAAAAACAACAACAAGAACAAUCAAUCAAAAUCCAAAGAAAAAUAAAAAUAAAAAUUUCAGACCCAGAUGCUACAGAAUCAUCAUCUUCAGAAGAAAAGGAACACGAAAAGAGACCAUCAAAAAAGAAGCCAAAGCUGACUGUUCAUGAAAUUAUUCAAGGUAAGGUAAAGACUACAACUUUUUCUAGCAAAUUGCCAUCUGGGGUUCGAAAAAGAAAAUCGGGAAAGUAUUGUGCUGAGAUUAGAAACCCAUUUAACAAGAAAAGAAUUUGGUUGGGUACUUUUAUUACUGCUGAAGAGGCUAUUCAAGUUUACCAGUCUAAGAAACUUGAGUUUGAGGAAAAAAUGAAGGAGGCUAAAAAUGCAAAAAUGGACACUUUUGAAAAAUCUGAAAUUGAGACUCAGACUUCAGAUUCAUCAAAUGGGAUCGAGGGAAAAGGCAAUAAUUCUAGUGUAGGGGAAGAACAAGAAAUUGGGCAAGAAAAUGAUGAAGAAAUGUUGAUGGGGCAAUGGAUCCAAAUUUCAGAUAAUAAAGAAGUUUAUAUUUCUGUGAAAUUAGGGGUUCCAGUUGUUGAUAAUUAUGGAUUUUUGUUAGGUGAAUUUAGCGAAUUGGAUGAUCUUAGUAUUUCUGUCUUUGACAGAGAAAAUAAUAUCUGAGAUAACUAUUUACAAAAAUAGCCAUCUUUUUGUUGUAAGUCAAUAAUUUACUUCUCAAUGAAUAAGUAAUAAUGUGAUAUAUGAGAGUGAGGAAAUUGAUUUGAGUGAAAUUGAUUUGUGGAAUCCUCUUGUUGAUGAUUAAAACUGUAAUUGCAGCAAUGUAAAUUUGUUCCUACAAUUGAAAUUUGAGUCUUGUCUCUU